AUGUCGUCCUCGAGGGACCACCAUGGAAAGCGGAGCAGCAAGUACCCGGACAAGUCCUACUCAGACAAGCAUCACUCUGACAAGCACCACUCUUCGGACGGACGUCACCAGUCUAGCAAGGCCAAGCCCAGUUCCAGCGGAAGCUAUCCGUUGAGUUUCAUCUUCGUCGUCAACAGGCUCGGAUUUUAUGACGCACCUCCCCUGGAUCCGGAAACCGAGAUCGACUACUGCAGGGACAAGUGGAUGAACACAUUGCCGCCGAGAGUCUGGUACGGAUACACGAGGGAAUACGAAAGCCGUGUGAUGAAAUAUUACGACGGCUCCGUGACCGUGGCUUCUGAGUACUACUGGUCCCGUGGCAGCUUGGGCCAGCCAGGGUACAUAUGCAAGAUGGAGGAGGAUGGAUCCAUGAGCGUAGCUGAAGAGUUCAGCUCCCGUGGUGUCUUCUCUUGCAACCCGCAUUUACCGCUUGUGAUAAUACCCGAGGACCCGACUACUUGCGCCCUAACGAACCAAAAGAAGGUCAUGCAUGCCCUGCAUUUCGUCCACGCGCUCAACCCAGACGGCAUCUCGUACGCCUCGACAGAUGAUCUUUCGCAAAUUCCGAUACAGUACAGUGCUUGUCAGAAACACCUUGAUGGCGCGCGCUCAAGUUUGAUACCGAGCCUCGUGCCACCAUCGUAUGAGCCCCCUACAACACCACCACGACGCUCAAGGGGGCUGUCCGGCGACCUUGGAAUCCUGCUGGGGAUGAUGGCAUUCAGCCGUAACACUGUUGAGGAGGUUUUCGUGGGCCGCAGUCCCUUGUGGCGAAACAGGGUGUGGCACGAGAGUGACCAUCUUCCGAGGCUAUACCCAACUGAUACCCGCCAAUGCCCCGUCGGCUUCCUGGUGGUCGUGUGCCUGGACCCCGACAACCCCGGCUCAACUCAUGAGCGGCUGCAAAGCUUCCAGUGGGGAAAUAGCGCGAUCGUGAAGGAGCCGAGUUCGUCGAAGCGAUGA